AUGGCACUCUUAUCGAGUCUGUUGUAUAACAAUCUCAGAACGAAUACAUGUCAGUGUACACUCGCAAUUCUCAGUGUACUAUUUUUGCUCUUCACAUUUCGGAUCAUAUACAAUCUCUUCUUUUCUCCCCUGGCUCGGAUCCCAGGACCAUUCUGGGCUCGGAUUACGGAUUUAUGGCACGUGCGUCUAAUCCGUACAUGUAGCGAACAUUCUGCAUUGCAUGAUUUGCAUGCGCGUUACGGCCCGCUCGUUCGCAUAGGCCCGUCCAAGUUGAGUGUUACAGAUGCCACUGCUUUUCGCAAAAUUUACAACGUUGCGGCGCCGUUUCCGAAGACCGAUUACUAUCAACCAUUCCGCGUGCCCGGUCCAAAAGUUGACAUCUUUGUUGAGAAAAACGAAAGUGUCCACGGUAAAUUAAGGAGGCAGUAUUCAAAUUUGUACAGUGCUACUGGGCUGAGAGAAUUGGAUGGAAAUGUGGAUGAUUCAAUCAGAAACUUUAUCGCUCAAAUACGAAAAACAGAAGGAAAAAACAUUGAUUUGGGGAAAUGGUUUAAAAGGCUUAUGUUUGAUUGUAUGUGUGAUAUGACGUUUGGACAAAAUCAGGACUAUAUCGGUAGUUGUUCUGAAGAUGAGCCUUUCUACGCACUGGCACAAUUCCUUCAGCGGGCUCAUCUCUACGGAAUGACACCAGCAUUGUUCUACGUCUCAAAAGCUACGAAAUUCAUCACCGGAAAGUUCUUUCCUCAAGCAAACACGCCAGCUGGGGUGGACCAAACGAUGGAAACAUUAUUCCAGGCCCUGAAAGAUACAAACAGCACCAAGCAGGGACCAAAUCAACGGAAUCUCGCAUCAAGAUUAUUGGCAGUGCAGUCUACCAAGGGGUCUGAGAUAUUCGCAGAUGAGGAACUGGCACAUAUCAUCGAUUUCGGGCUGAAAGCUGGCGGUACCGAUGGUGGCGCUCUGUUGAACUCUAUCUUCUACCACCUCAUCCACAACAGAGAUAAGCUCGAUAAACUCAUGCAGGAGCUUCAUCAGCAUUUGAAUGACAGGAAAUUGGAUAUCGUUUGCACUUCGCAACAGGCCGCUGCAUGCUCUUAUCUAAAUGCGGUUAUCCAAGAAUCGCUACGAAUGCUUCCCAGCAUUGGAGGCAUCUUACCUCGAGAGGUACCGAAAGGUGGAGCGGGAAUACUCGGCCAUCACGUGCCAGCAGGGGUAACUAUCGGCGCUCCAGCGUACGCUAUGCAUCGUUUGCCGGAGGUUUUUGGUCCCGAAUCGACAUCUUUCGUACCCGAAAGGUGGUUAGAACGUGGCCAACCAAAUAUGUGUAAGUUCCUUUCUGAAUAUUACGGUUCACUUCGGCGUUUGACUUCCUGA